UUUUGCAGAAGAUGUCAUUCACAUCUACUAUGAGAGCGAUGAGGUGGUGUGUGAGGAUGUGGAGCUCCAGGCCUUCAUCAAAGACAUUUACGUCUAUGGGAUGAGGGGUACGAAGGCCUCAGGGUUUCCUAAGACGAUCAGGACACGAGAGAAGCUAGCAGAAUAUCUCACGGUGAUAAUGUUCACCACAUCGGCCCAGCACGCAGCUGUGAAUUUUGGUCAGUAUGACUGGUGUUCCUGGAUUCCCAAUGCCCCACCAACAAUGCGCCGCCCUCCUCCAGCAGAAAAGGGGACAGUCACCAUCGAGCAAAUUGUGGAGAGUUUGCCAGACAGGGGACGUUCUUGUUGGCAUCUUGGAGCUGUCUGGGCCUUGAGCCAAUUCCAGGACAAUGAACUGUUUCUGGGCAUGUACCCAGAUGAACACUUCGUUGAGAAGCCAGUGAAAGAGGCUAUGGCAAAAUUCCGCAAGAAUCUGGAUGAGAUCGUCAACGCUAUCACCGAGCGCAACAAGAACAAAAAGCUUCCUUACUACUACCUUUCCCCAGAUCGCAUUCCCAACAGUGUUGCUGUUUGAGCAGAUACCCAGGAGAGUUUGGAGGCAUGUAAAGCUGAUGAUGCUUUCCUGUUACAUAUGCUUCUUUUCAACAAACUUUCAGAAAUGGAUAAAAUAAGAAACCCACCUUCUCCAUCAGAGCUGACCCACAGUCUAUUUGGACUUUCAAAACAAAUUUGACUAUGACUGAUCAUGCAGACAAGGUCUAAUUGACAACCCUCUAAGACAAUUUUGUUACAAGUUUAU